AUGUCAAGCAGUCGAUUGUUAUCUCCCUUUCAUCGUUACGGGAAGAGCGCGUCGUUCCGAUCAUUCCACGGGCAGAAAUCAGCUGUGUCAGUCGGGCGUAGCGUCCGGUCUCUCGUCGGCAAGGAGAAUCGAAACAUCCGCGCCAUGUCUUCGCACCAGCCCUUCCUCAACCUGGACAACAUCAAUCCCAACGUGAAAGUGAUGGAGUACGCCGUGCGCGGCCCCUUGGUCAUCAGGGCCGGCGAGAUCGAGAAGGAAUUGGAAAAGGGCGCCAAAAAACCUUUCAACGAAGUAAUCAAAGCCAACAUCGGCGACUGCCAUGCCAUGGGACAACAGCCCAUUACCUUCAUCCGCCAAGUACUGGCCCUCGUCUCCUAUCCCAAGCUUUUGGACGACAAAAACUUCCCCGAAGACGCCAAGGAAAGGGCGAGAACUCUAUUAGAAGGCUGCCGUGGCGGCUCGAUGGGCUCCUACACCGAUUCCCCCGGCAUAGAAGUGAUCCGAAAGCACGUCGCCCAGUACAUCGAAAAGAGGGACGGUAUCCCGUGCGAUUGGCAAAACAUCGUAAUCGGCGGAGGCGCCAGCGAUUGCAUUAAGAACGUCCUAAAACUGCUCAUUUGUCCGAUAAACGCCAAGCAACCGGGCGUGAUGAUACCCAUACCGCAGUAUCCUUUGUACUCCGCGUCUCUGGCCGAAUUCAACAUGGCGCAGGUCGGGUACUACCUCGACGAAUCCAAGCAUUGGGGACUCACCGUCGACGAGCUGGAAAGAUCGGUGAGCGAGGCGAAAAAGUACUGCGUGCCGAGGGCGAUAGUGAUCAUCAACCCGGGCAAUCCCACCGGCCAGGUGCUCACCAAGCAGAACAUCGAACAAAUCAUCAAAUUCGCCUACAAAGAGAAGCUCGUCAUUUUGGCCGAUGAGGUCUACCAGCACAACAUUUACGAUCCCAAUUCCAAGUUCCAUUCGUUUAAGAAAGUUAUGACGGAGAUGGGCGAACCGUACAACAAAAUGGAACUGGCCAGCUUCAUGUCGGCUUCGAAGGGUUUCAUGGGCGAAUGCGGGCUCCGCGGUGGAUACGCUGAAGUAGUGAACAUGCAAGCGGACGUUAAAGCGAUGUACCUCAAAGCCAUCACCGCCAUGCUGUGCUCAACUACCUUAGGACAAGCCUGCUUGGACGUCAUCGUGAACCCCCCGAGAGAAGGGGAGCCCAGCUACCAGCAAUUCGUCAAGGAGAAAACCGAAGUGUUGGAAUCGCUGAAGUUGAGGGCCAAAAUGGUGGCGGACACGUUCAAUUCGAUGGAGGGUUUCUCGUGCAACCCGGUGCAGGGCGCCAUGUACGCGUUCCCGCAGUUCAAGUUGCCGGCCAAGGCGGUGGAGGCGGCGCGGGCGAAGGGCCAGGCGCCGGACGCGUUCUACGCGUUCGAGUUGCUCGAAUCGACGGGCAUCUGCGUGGUGCCCGGCUCGGGUUUCGGCCAGCAGCCCGGCACCUAUCACUUCAGGACGACCAUCCUGCCGCAGACGGACAAGCUGAAGGAUAUGUUGAACAACUUUUCGAAGUUCCACGCGGGAUUUUUGAAGAAGUACAGCUAA